AUGCUUCCAGACGAAGAGGAGCUUCAAAAGUUCCUCCAAGAGAACCGCUCGACCAAGGAUAUUCGUCUGCAAUGGAUCGACUUCUCUGGCAUCCUGCGCGCCCGCUUUGUUCCCAUUGCUCGAUGUCUGCAAAUAGCUCAGGGAAAGGAAGAGUACCUCAUCCCGCAAGUGAGCAUGAUCAUCCCAGUCUCAACGGCUCCGAAGUGCUUCCCAACGAGCAAUGAGAUUGAAACAUGGGUGCUACGUCCCGACUGGACUUCGCUACGUUGCUGCGGGUUCAGACCGAGCCAUGCUUCCGUUAUGUGCUUCGUGGAACACAAGGAGGCCGAAGAGAAGUAUAACAAGUGUCCGCGUAUGCUCUUAACUCGUGAACUGGACCGUCUUGAGAGACUGUGGGGCGUAAAGAUGCUGGCUGGCUUUGAGAUCGAAGUCAUGCUCCUGGACCAGAAUUUCGCGCCGCCAAUCAAUCAACUGGAUCGGUUGAACAGCUAUCAAACAACUGCUGGGCUGCGUGGCCAGACACUGGAGGCAGUUGAGGAGAUCCUUGACUGUCUCAAGGAGUCAUCUAUCACUAUCCAUCACUUCCACACCGAAACCCAUGACCAGAUAGAAUUCUCCCUCAGUCCUGAGUCGCCACUCAACGCCAUCGACUCGCUCAUCCUAGCACAGGAGACAAUCCGUACGGUCUUCAUCAGACAUUAUAUCAAGGCAACCAUGACUCCCAAGCCACUCAUCAAUGGACCAACCAAUGGAAUCCAUCUGCAUCUGUCCGUUGACAAGCUAGCACCACCACAUACAGAUAACUUCCUCGCAGGUAUUCUAACGCAUAUAAAGUCCCUCUGCGCCUUGGGAAUGGCCAACUUUGACGGUUACGUCCGCACCACCAAAGACUCAGCAGGCGCGUGGAUCGGCUUUGGCACCGAAAACCGCGACUUGCCAGUGCGCAAGAUAAAUGAUCAGCACUGCCAAUCCGUACCUGUUUACCGCGGCGGUUUCACUGGCUGGCUGGAGUGGGUUCAUCCAGAGCAUGGAUUUGACCUGGAAGGACUGUCACUGGACGAGCGGAUGCCGACCAGUCUGCAAGAAGCAUUGGAAUCGCUCAAGGCUGACGAAAUGAUGAAGACGCUGAUACCGGGACGCUUGCUGGAUGCCUAUAUUGCCGUGAAGGAGAAAGAAGUCGAGGUGUUUCAGAAAAUGUCAGACGACCAGAGACGCCUUAGGUUCUUGGAAUACUUCUGA